AGUCCUUAGCCGGCUGCCUCGGCGAACACACGCGCGUCUCGCGACGAAUCCGAUGUUAGUGCACGAUUACGACAUCGCGGCGAAACCAAUAUUGUUACCGUGACAGUGAACUUAACUAUUCCGAAUAUGGGUUAAACAACCCUUUAAACGUGAUGAGUCCGGGCGAGCGAGCCGCCUUCGGGCGCCGCGAACCCGCUCGUCCCCAUUAUGCCACCACCGCACCGGGUUUCCCUCCGUCCUACUAUCAACCAUACGGAGUGUCUCAUCCGAAUGCUUGGCUCGGCGCACCUCUCAUAUCGAUAGCAGGACGUGCACCACAUCUUGCUAGAAAUACACCAGUCUCGAAAUUGGCUAUGCAAGCCCAAGGAGCACCAUUGAUUAUACAAAAUCGUCAUGACAGGCGAAAGUAUAACACAUCCUCAGACCCACGUAAUCAACGUCCUCAUACAAAUGGUCACAAUGAACACACUAGAGAUCGGUGCGAACAGGCUCCUGAGGGUAACAGGCCUCGCAACCAACAGCAACAGCCACGUUCCCCGCGAGGCGGCCGUAACAACAACACGGAUGCGGUUAGUGUAGCAAGUGAUGAGAGUUCCGGCUCUACUAAUUCUGAAACCAUGUUGCCCAGGAUUAUAAAACCGCGAAAGCGGCGCAAAAAGGAUAGGAAACCUAAUAAUAUAGCACACGACAUAACAGCUGCUGGACUGGAUCUUGGUGAACUUGACCAUUGUGCGGUUUCUUCGACAACUCAUAACGUUUAUGAGGAGUCGUAUAGUCGUGAAAUCCCUUUGCCGUAUCGUUUGGACGUAAAAGUCAUGGAUUAUCCCGAUCCUGUACCAGAAACAUACCGUGUGUCGGCGUUAGGAGAAGCUUUAGAGGCUACACGUUUUGGACUUGCAGAAGCCGUUUCUCCUACAGAAUCUGCUGUUAGUUCUUGUCAAUGCCGUUAUUGUGAUCCAGUAGGGCAAAUAUGGGAUGCCGAUUCGAUUGCAGAUCUUUUGGAUGAGAAUUCUAGCGGCGAUUUCGCACCUACCAAAUUAGAAGAUUCGAUGAAAGUGGUUGGACCAUUAGGGAGGCGAGGGGGUGAUACUACAUUACGUCGCAGUUGGAGUGAUCCUUCAUCGCGGAUUCCCGAACGACGUGAAAUAAACAAUGGGGACACAUUUUCUGCGCCUAACUUAUAUUCAUUGUUCCCACCCGCAAGGAGAGCUACCUCCCCGGAGCCACGAUCUCCGUUGGCCUUGGAAAUAUCCUCCGAGAUUGUCACGUCAAUGAACGGUCAUCGUGACCUGGAAAUCAAGUUAUUUUCGACCUCGCCUUCGGCUACGAACUCCGACCGACGCUCCUUCUUUGCAGAUAAAAGUGAAAGUGUCCCGAACAAAUGUAUAAAUGCAAUCAAUGAUAACAAAGUGAAUAGUGCAAUGAAUAGUGACAAAGUUGAAACAGCUGUUACAAUUAACGAUACGAGAAGUGUUGAAGUGUCCGAAUCAGGAUGUUCACCUACGUUCGUAGCCAGCAAAUCUUCACGCAACAUUUGUGAUUUAGCCUUAGUGAAUGUCUGAGAUCUUUGUGAACAAGUCGUUUGAAUUAUAUAUGCGGAAGCAUCGAAUUAAUCAAUUAUAUAAGGGGUCUAAGCGCUCGUCAUUUGAGCUGGACUCAAAUUGUCUCAGCGAGGCAUUUAGCGGCGUCGUCCGAUGACCCAUUAAAAUCUUUAAUAAAAAAAAGAUCUCCGAAUCGGUUUCCUGUAGAUUCUAUAAAAGUUAAUUUAUUGAUAACAAUAGCUUAGGAAACUGAUGGGGAACUUUAUCUGGAAAAGAAUAAGUCGCUGUUUAUCAGUCAACGCAAUGCGGAAACGAUUUUGUAUACCUACAUAGAGAUCGUAAGAAAUUAUUUGUAUGUCUAAACGAGUUACGAUUUAUUAUUAUAGAGGUUCUAUUUUGUAAAACUGGCACAAGAGUAGUGCAUCAUGUGAAGAUGCGCCGUAAACGCCUGCGUGGGCAAUUAGCGUUUCACACUACUGACACGGUUCUCGCGGCUGCGGCUUGGAGCGCUCGCUAUUGCGGUUUCCCGCGGUUUUCACCGCGUUCCGUUCCGGGUGGCGCCUACUAUACUCGCGCAAUGCUUUACGUCGCUAAUAACAGCGACAGGCACACUUUGAAUGACACGUUACAUUAUUCCUAUUUCAUCGGAUUUUAUCAUUUGGAGAUUAUGACAAUAUUUCAUUGUAUGUAUGAUAAAACAGAAAAAUCCAUUGCGAACAUUUAAAUACUUUGGAAGCCAAAACAAAUCAAAAUUAUUGUAGAAAUAUAAUAAUCGAUGAUCAUAAACAAGUACCGUAUCAAAAUCAAUUCAAAGUUAUUGGUGAUUUUGCACGGUAAUUUUUAAGCCAUAAAGUUUUUUUUUUCUUCUAAAUAAAUACUUGAAGAUAUAUUUUUCUUGCAUAAUUUCACAUCCAUUUCUCAUUGUGUUAUUUAAAUUUAAUGAUCACGUAUGUCGUUAUUACCUUCACCAACAUUCAUUAUUCAUCCUUAACAUUAAUCACAACAUGUCCUAAUGUAAUAUCCAUCAAAGUGAAUGCCUUUUUACGUUUAUAAUAAUAACAAAUUUCAAAGGUUCAAUGUAUCCAAUAUUGUGUCGUAACAAUUGCUUGAGAUAACAGAAAUAUAAACGUAUGUUUAUUUCUUUAUUUUGAUUAUCAUAGUCUGUCGCACACAUUCUUAUAUCAUUUGUUUUUGUAACAUUUAUUGUUUACGCCAAGUCCACGUGGCUCUCUUCGUAUUGAAUAAAAUCGUGAACGCAUGGGAUAUCGGGUUGAAUCGGUCGUUUUAUUGAAACAGUUAUCUUUAUUGAUAAACAGCGAAUUGUAUUUUAGUACUUUUCUCAGUUUUUAUUUUACGCUUUGUCUAUUACAAGGGUCCAACAGCUUAAGUGUUCCCAGAUAAAGUUCCACAAUGUAGAUAAUGUGAAUAUAACUAAGUUAUUCAUAGACUGUGCCCACAAUUGUGCAGCACUCUCUAUCGUUGGGUUUUACACUCUACGGGCUGUUUAGUUAUUUUCCUUUUUUAUUUUUAUGUUGUUUACUUAUAUUGCUCGGCGCGUGCGUGGGACGCCAUGAUAAAUUGUUUCUUGCUUCACUUUUUUCUCACUACGACAGGCUCAGCGCAGACAGGGACUAUCACUGGAUUCAGUCUAAUUUAAAUUCAGAUUUUCAACGCAUAAACCUGUCAAGUACAGUUAAAUUGUCAUUCUUAACAGGUUCUUAAUUCAAGUUGAAUUAUCUUCAUGUAAUUAAUACUUUUACCGAAAAGGAAGGUGUUUAGUUUCACCGCUAGAUGUUUAAUUAAAAUGUUGUCAUUUCAUCGACUGGAAUCUUAUUAUAUUGAUGUUCUUGACGGCGCUCAUUGGUCUGUCGUUGUGUUGGGAUUUGAAAGGGCGUGGUGCCAGACGUUUUUGUAAAACUCAACGAUACCCCUCACUAUGAUGUAAACAAAAUAGGCUAUGUCUAACAUACUGAGUGAAUGCAUUUUAUACAUAAAAAAGUAGGUUUAAUAUUUGUCUGUGUAUGUCGUGAGGCAUGAGUUUACACGCUCGCACACUAUUUUUGUACAAUAAAUACCAUGUCCUGAUA